UCAAGUUAAAGCGCGAGGCGAGCACAGCGAACCGGAGUCUAUGCGCGGACACUGAAGAGACCUCUAAGCGCGGACACACGCUAUCCAAAACGGACUCUCUAUCAAAACCAUUACACACCGACCCUACUCGAGUACAUGAGACCUACUAAAUAUUUACAUUUGGAGAAAAACGCGAUCUGUUGGAUAAAUUACCUCAGGACUGGCGGGAGCGCGCACGGUGCGUUUACCUCCAAUGCUCCGCUGAUGCGCUCGAGCUGAUCCAGCACACACAGGAGACACAGCGACCCGUCAUAUACACACACACCCCGGCCUGAAGGGGUGAAUAUAUGCAGCACCAUGAAGCGCUUCCUUCCUCUACUGCUGUCCCUCCUCUUCUACCAACUCUUAUCAUAUCCAGUAUUGGCUGACACCUGUCCAGACAACUGUACCUGCCAAGUUCAAGACUCCAUAUUCUGCUUUAACCGCAAAGACACAAAAAUGCCCAGCGAAGUACCCACAACAGCUAAGAAUCUAUAUGUGUUCAAGAAUGGCAUUGAGUCACUUUCUCAAGAUGAUUUUGUUAAUUUGGGCAGCUUGGAGAUGCUGGAUCUAAGUCAGAAUAAGUUGACAGAACUCCCAGAUCAUGUGUUUGAACCUCUGUCUUCUCUCAACAACCUGGAUCUUUCAGCUAACCAGAUCGUCCACAUUUCCAAGGACAGCUUUGCGGGACUGGAACUUCUGGAACGAUUAUAUCUCUACAGCAACCUCAUAGAGAGCAUCCAUCCUGCAGCUUUUGAUGGACUACAUGAGUUGCUGGAGCUCAAGCUGCAAGGAAACAAACUGAAAAUAUUGCCUGUUCUGGAAAUGCCCCAUCUGCUUCUGCUAGACUUACGGUUCAACAGUAUCCCCUCACCAGGUCCAAACGACCUGCAGACACCCAAGUUGGAAUCACUGAAACUGGGAGGAUUGGGGCUUAGCACCCUGAACGAGGAGCUCUUGGGAAGCUUUAAGAACCUCCAUGAGCUUGACAUCUCCAACAAUCAGUUAACUGCCUUUCCAGUGGUACUGCGGGAAGCAAAGGGCUUGGUAUCUCUCAUUUUGGCUGGGAAUCCAAUGGGACCUCUAAAUUGGGAAGACUUUGAGAAACUCACAGAGCUUCAUGAGCUGGAUAUCAGCAAUCUAAGCUUGCAAGGCUUGCCGGAGACUUUAGCCCAGCUCUUACCUCACCUAAAAAGACUGACUGUUGCAGAAAACCCUUUCAACUGUCUCUGUAAUCUGGCUUGGUUUCCUAGUUGGCUGCGAACUAAGCAAAUUCAGUUGGGCAGGACAGAAGAGACACGCUGCCACUUUCCUCCUCUAAAUUCUGGGAAGGUGUUGGAAAGACUGGGGCACAGAGAAUUUGGAUGUCCGAUUACCACAACCAUUACAACUCGGACGGUAAAAACCACUGCCGUACCACCAGCUCCAUUGACCAGUGUACCAAGUACAACUCAUGCAAUUCUCCCUCCUAAACCUAGCGAUAACCCCUCUACUGAAUCUGACAAUGACCCUGCACCUCCCACCCCCAGCACAAGUAUUGACCCAGAGAUGAGAUCAACUUUCUGCCCAUCCAAGAUCUGUCUAAACGGAGGAACAUGUUGGCUGGACAAUGAAGGACACGUGGAAUGCAUUUGCGUACCUGGAACAUCAGGUACAUAUUGUGAAAAGGAGGAAGAUCCACUACUAUUCCCUACAGAAAUCCCUUCAGAACCUGAAAUAAUCGCAAAGAAGGUAACUAGCUCCUCAAUACACCUAGACCUUCAUCGGUACAUUGAUAUGCACCCCAACAUCCGGGGAGUUAAGUUAACUUACAGAAACCUUUCUGGACAAGAUAAACGUCCGAAGCAACUGAAUGUUCCGCGCUAUUACAUGGACUACACUCUGCGUGGACUUCAGCCAAACUCAACGUAUUCUGUAUGUGCCAGUCCACUGGGUGAAGCUGGGGAUAUGAACAGAGUGUGCACAGAGGCCCAGACAGUCAGUCUGCAACUCGCUCCACCUGGAGCUCGACUAGAGGACCCAAAGCUCACUACGAUGCUCAUCCCUGCACUCGCCAUCCUUCUUCUGCUAGUCCUAGUGGCUGUUGCUGUUGGCGUAGCAUGCUACAUGCAUAAAAAGAAAUCAAAGGGACACCUGGACUUAGAAUGUGAUCCAUCACAGCUGGAGCUGGAGGGUCUGGACAAUGGGGCCCUACCCAAAAAGCAAGAGAUUAUCACCUGUCCAUCAACAGUGCAAAAUGGUGGCUUGGACUACAGGGUGCCUCUCAUGGAGGAGCAUUGUACUGCUAACAACAACAUGAACAGUUUGAAACCCUCGUAUUUCUGAUGAUUGCAAAAGGUUUGUGACUUACUUGCAUGCUAAAGCAUGGAUAAUACUGCCUUACAGGGUACCACAAAGGACAGCCACCAGCAACAGCUGCCUUUAGGUGAUUCCUGGUGCUGUAAGGGCAUUUCUGUCAAAAUGACAUCUUCCUAAGUGCCUUUUAAAAUCUGAAAGACUCCACAUCCCAUACUUUCAACCAAAGAUCUUUAAAUGGCUGCCAUUUAUAAAAAAGGACUUAUGGCUGACUGAAAAAAAUGUGGGUGAAAUCGUCAAGUGUAGCACCUGUGUGCAGCUCUAAGGAGCUCCACUAACUGUGAACCGAAAGCCCUAGAUGUGAGUGGGCAAUUGAAGAUAUUGAAAAUAUGAACUUUCUCAGUAACCGUGAUGCUGUGUGUAACUGAUUUGUGUCGUUUCUUUGUCAUUUUUUUAUCUGUAACAUUUUUUGGUAAAUGCUUUUUAUACAAAUAUGCGACUGUUACCAAGGCGGCUGCUCUUCCUCCAUAUCUCGUGACUUAACAAAAGCAGACAAAACACCAGAUUAAAAACUUUGAAGAUUAAAAUGUACUUGUGCCACUAAGUGAAUCAAAGGCUUUAGUUUAGAAAUGUCAGACAGUCUAAGCAGUUGAAAGUCCGUAUCCAGACUUGAAACCAAAUCCCCCCUCUAUGUUUUAGCCCCUAUAACCCCCAGAAAACGAGACAAAAUGCAAGCUAAAUGAUUGAAAGGUAGAUUACUACACAUUGUGUUCAGUUUUAAACACACAUUAGACUUGAAUGAUAUAUUUGGGAACUACAAAUUGAUGGGAUCUCAUUUAUUUACAUACUAAAAAAGGGCUGUCAUAGAUCACAGUUCAAGACUUGUGUGUCAAUCCGCACAAUUAGUCUUUGCACUAUUUACAUUACUCAGUUUUCAUCUGCAGUCAACACCCAUUUGCCUUAAGACAAGUCUAUAUGUACAAAAACACUAAAAGCAUAUGUUUGGAUAGCUUAAAGCAUGAAACACACCAAAAAAAAGAAGUAAAAAGGCACACACUCCAACUCUGACCAAAAGCUUCUCAUUAGUAUAGUGAUAAAAUGAAAGAGCAACUGAUGUCUGUGAAACGUAUUUAAUCUGUAGACUCAAGAAAGUUUAUUGCAAAUUGCCAAACGGAGACAGUGGGGAGCUGUGCUGAUUCACCUCUGUGAGGAAACGUGUUACUAUUUUAGCACUUGUUCUACAAUCUGUCAAAUGAUGUUUCCC